CUUGUUUUGUGAAUGACAUUUAGAUAUUUCCCACAGGACCCCCCCCUCUUUCCACGGCAGAUGGACCCGGAACACGCCGGAGUUGUAUAAGCUGGGUCUGGGUGUGAGCGAACAAAUGCAUAAGUGACCUAGACUUUUCAUUCAAGCCUCCAUGAACAACCUGAAUGACCCCCCCAGAUGGAACAUCCAACCAGACCCCAGGGGGAGGGGGGCGGGGGCAGGGGCCGGUGAUGGGUCCCAGUGGAACUACGCCCUGCUGGUCCCCAUGCUGGGACUGGCUGCCUUCCGUUGGAUCUGGACCAGAGAGUCUCAGAGGGAGAUCCAGAAGGUUCAAGCCCAGUACCACAAAGACGUGUCCACCAUAAAGAGUGAAAUGGAGGCUCGGUACCGGGAGACGCUGACGGAGCGGCGGCGGGCAGCGGCAGUGCUGGAGCUGGAGCUGGAGAAGGAGAGGCAGAGGGUCAAAGGUUACCGCCAGGCGCUGAUCUCCCAGAGCCAACAGCUGAUGGAGGAACGCAAACAGCUGCAGCAGGAGCGUGAAGCACUGGAAGAGGACAAGCAGAGGCUGGUGCAGUCCGGCGCUGCGGGGGCGGUGCUUCACGACGCCCUGGAGAAGGAGAACGACUGGUACCGGCGAGCCUCGGACGCCCUGAAGGAGCUGGAGCUGCAGCUGGUGGAGCGGCAGAACGCCUUCUGCUCCCUCGUUCUACCGCGAGAACGGCGGCUGGAGAUGGAGAAGAACAUGCUGCUGAAGGCCGUGAAGGAGCCCAUCGGUGCCGAGCUGAACCUGGAGGCUGACCUGAAGGACAUCUUCAAGAAGGACAAACACUGUGCAGAUCUGCUCAACAUGGACAAGAGGAAGAAUGGCAGCUUAAUGUGGGUUUAUCUGAAGUACUGGCAGCUGCAGGUCAGCGUCCACAAGCACAAGAGGGCAGAGGAUGCACUGCUACCACACUGGUGACCACGCCCACACCGGUGACCAUGCCCACACCUGCUGCUGCUGUUGCCUCGACUGGAAAAGACGCUGAAACUCUGUGUGCAUGUAUUUUUAGUCUGGAAGUUAUUUUUUGAAUUCUGUAGAUGAUUUAAGAGAUGACAGUGGUUUAAACAGUGGGAUUUGUUUUCCUUCAUUAAGCCUCAGAUCCUGUUCAUCUGAACCUGUAACUGUAUGAAAACCCAAAUGCACUAUGGGUAAGUUGUAUGAAUGUAUGGGAAACACCGUCAUAUGGUUCUGCCUCCUAAAUGCCUGUGUGUGUCUGAAAUAAAAACUAGAACCAAGAUCAGG